UCAACCAGAAGGCUGACGUUUGCUUAGUUACCUCUACGGCUCUGGACAAUGUAACGAAACUGUAAUAAACUAACAGGUUGUCUUGUAUGUGGUGAUGUAGGUUUACAAAAAACUCCUCACUCGGUUUAUUUUGUCACAUGAGGAGGGAAGAAGAAGAAGAAGACUGCGGCUCAUGGCUCUGAUUUUAGUAGCUUUCAUAUUGGCGUUCACCGGGAAAUGGGAGCAGACUUUCCUCGUAGACGCUCAGACGUGUGUGGAGGGGAGCAGCUUUAAGGAGCAGGUGCUCUAUGCGGGGCAACAGCGGCCUCCAUAUCGGCUGAACUGCUCUCUGGAGCCCCAGAGCUCCCCCCAGCCCAAACUGACCUGGCAGAAGGACUGCCAGCCGCUCCUCGCCCAGGAAGGGAAGGCCUACCUGGAGUUUGCCAGCCUCAAUUUUGACGACCAAGGGAAUUACACCUGUAUGCAACAGGGCAACAUCACGUCCUCAUUCACUGUGCGUCUCAGAGUUAAAGAGUCACAGUGCUCCAAAGCUCCAGAAUUUAAGCAAAAUGGGAGCUCGGACAUAAUCUACAUCAAGGUGGGAUCCACUGUGACACUGAACUGUACUGCUCUCCUGUUCUGGGACCCAACAGAAGAGCACUGUGACACCACGCUGCAGUGGAGUAAAGAAGCCAACCCUGUCACCAAUCAAACACAUUACACGCAGAAUACCACAUCAUGGUCUCCUGUUGGCGGCCAGCUGAUGGUAAACAGUCUGCUGGUGAUCAACCUCAAAGAGACGUACGAUUUUGGUUUAUACAGCUGCACAGUGAGGAACAUUUCCUCUGACUUCAGCGUGAUGUAUUCAAACUUGAUUGCGUGCUCGUUCCGUGGUCCCAACCACACAGCUGCUGUUAUUGCAGCCAUCGUCCUCCUCCUCCUCCUGUCUGUAGCUGCUGUUGUGUACUCCAGGUGUCACCUGAACAUCAAACUCUGGUACAAGAACUCCUACGGAGACUAUGAACUCAACGAUGGCAAAUUAUAUGAUGCCUAUAUCUCCUAUGUGAACAAUGAUCAUGACAGGAAGUUUGUCAACUUUAUUCUCAAACCUCACCUGGAGAAUAUAAAUGCGUACAAGGUGCACCUCAAUGACAACGAUAUCCUACCUGGCUCAGAACCUUCUGCAGAGCUGAUAAUGAACAUAAGUCGCUCUCGCCGUCUGAUCGUGUUGCUCUCUUAUGCUUACCUUGAGCAGGACUGGUGCUGCAAUAACUUCAGACAGGGCCUUUUGCACUUGUUGGAGUUGUGUCAGCGGCCCAUCCUCAUCAUGUUGGAGGGUCAGUCCAAACGCAUGAGGCCUGAGAUCAAGCAGCUGCUCAGUGAGCACCAGCACUGCCUCACUGUACUCACCUGGAGGCACAACUCUGUGACUCCUUCCUCCGUCUUCUGGAAGGAGAUGGCCUUAGUGAUGCCUCGUAGAGUCUUCUUCCGCAGUGAGUCUGCAGGCGACCCUCAGACCGUGCUACACGAUGACAAAGACCCCAUGCUGACCCUCGACUCGGACUACCUGGACUGCCACUCAGACACUGACCCUACUGGAGAUCUGGGGCUUCGCCUACCUGUGUACAAGGCUCUGGCCUUUAAAGCUCCUGUCCUCCCUGUUGCUCCCAUCGCCGCAGCUGAGCCCAAACCCAUCGACAUCGACGUGUCGGACCUGGGAUCACGCAACUAUGGAGCCCGCUCAGACUUCUACUGCCUAGUCACUGACGAGGACAUUUGAUCCACACUCGCCUUACUUCUACUGAUCUCUAAAUAUUAACAUAUACAUGGAGAUCCUCAUUAUCACCGCUUUAUAGUUAUCCAACUCAAUAUGGUACAUAUGCUUGUAUUUUAUGUAGUGUGUUGUUAGAAUCAAAGUGUUGUCUUGCUCUGUUUCCAUUUACCAAAGAGUGAUGUUUAAUGUUUUUGUAUUUUUCUUUACUGUUAUAAAAUGUUUGAGAAAUUCAUGAAGUACAAGAAAUAGUCUGACAUAUUUAUGUAAAUCCGGAAAAGAAGUAACUUUUGAUUGUCAUUUCACUGCUACAAUCUCUCAUGAAGUCCCCAGCAGAGGGCAGAGUAAUGUCAGAUAAGAUGAAGGGAUUCUGCUUUUUAAGCAGUUUGUCAUAAUUUGACAGCUGACAGUUCAGAGUUUCGGGAAAGAGAGAAAAUAAAUGUAACAAGAGUCUUAAAGAACCCAGAACAGCGGUAUCUGUUAGCACACCAGUACAACAGAAGCAGGACAACGUUCAUGACUGAAAAACUCAUAGUUGACAUUUCUGUACAGAUUGGAGCUUUGUGUGUGUGAUGUAAACAUACUGGGAUAACCGCACAGCAAUCACGCUAAUUAAGCCGUUUGACUAAAUACCUGGCUACUUCUCUCUGUAGGGACUAAUGAUCUCUGUCCUCAUGGAAUAAUAAUUACUGUACCUGCAGUGAAAUAAGAGUCUAAAUAAGGGUGCAGCAGGGAAGGUCUGGUAUUGUUCCUGUCUGAGCAGGAGCAAAUAUGUAAACAGGGAGUGGCCGGUGAUUCAAUGAGAAAGUGUCACUGCUAUAGUCACAGGCAAGCUGCAGCACACACAUGAGAAACAGUACAAAAUAAAUAAAUGACAUAUCACUUCCAAA